UAACCUUUCCCUGCUUUCGUUUUGUGUUCGCUAUGGCUUCUGUUGGAGCCGUUUCUCCCGGUGGUUUUGAAGCAGACUUCAUUGAUCCUCUAGACAAAGACUACGAGUGUCCGGUCUGUCUGUUUGCGCUGAGAAAUCCUCUUCAAACCUCCUGCGGUCACCUCAUCUGCACAAGCUGUGCAGACUACAUCACACAAAAAGGGCAACUGAGCUGUCCACUGGAUAAGCAAGUGUCUGAUAGAAAGGAUCUUUUCCCUGAUACUUUCAAUGGACGUAAGAUUCUCAGUCUCAAGGUGAAAUGCCCCCAUCAUGCACGAGGUUGCUAUUGGACAGGAGAAUUACGUCAUCUGCAGCGACAUACAGAUCGAUCAGGUGAUUGCAAGUUCUCGACUGUUCAAUGUGCAUUCAGUGUUGUGGGAUGUCAGAAAAAGUUGACGGCUGAUCAGUGUGAUAUCCAUGAAGAACAAGAUGUCAAACAGCAUAUUAUACUGUUACUGAAGAGCCAUCAAACCAUGGAGAGUCAAGUCACAGAAAUGAAUACGACAAUACUGACCCUACAAGCUGAGAAUUCGGAUUUGAAACGGAGGAUUCAGUCUUGUGCUAUACCUGCAGCUGUACGAGGCCUAGAAAGACAAUUCAAGGCUUAUUGGGUGAUUGACAACUGGCAACAGACUAUGGAGGCAGCACGACAUGAGAAUGAAUAUGUUCUAUUGAGCAGACCGUACUACAUUGAAGAACCUGGCUACAAAGUGCGUAUGCAACUGUAUCCUAGUGGAUAUGGUAAUGGUCAGGGAACUCAUGUCAGUCUGUUUUUCAAAAUUAUGAAAGGUCGCUAUGACGACAAACUUGUGUGGCCAUUUUCUCUGAUGUUUUCUCUAGCGAUUGUUGACCAAACGCUUGGAGGUCGUAACAAGGUGAAUACUCUAGAUCCGCCGCUUGCAUCUGCAGGAUCUGCUGAUGCAUUCAAGAAGCCAAUGACAGAAAUUAAUUGUGGAUGGGGUUGGCAGACGUUUAUUUCACAUGCUGAUCUUCGUACCAGGCACUUCAUUUGUAAUAAUUCUGUCAAGAUUAUGUUGCAAGUAUAUCUCAACUAAACACUGCUACUGUAGUAGCUGAUUGCAUCGUGAGAUCUAGACUACUAGCAGCAUUUUUAAUGUCAGUUUUUGUUGUUAAUCUGAGACAUCUGAGACAUGAUUUUGGUUAGUUAGUUAAACUGCUGUCGUAGACACAUCAACUAACCCAUGGCAAUUAAUUAAUCAUUUGUUAAUUAAUUAGAUCAAAAGAGAGGAGAUGAACAGUUAAAGGAUGUAGACAAUAUUAUGUAUGUAUACAGAGAA